AUGCAUUUCUUCCAAGUAGCCCUCUUCGCAUUUGGCUUAGCUGCCGUCGCGCUGCAAGCAUCUGGCAACCCGCAAGGAUCUGACCACAGCUACCAACUUUUCAAUAAACAGCGCACGAACAGAGGUCGACGCACCCAUGAUCAUAUUGGUACCGGCCGCGUAAUUUCACAGGAUUUGCUUAACAGAAUCACUUCGUUGAAAGGUUCAACAUCUACAACUACUACCACAAUUACUACAACAUCAACAUUUGUUCCAUCGAGUCCCACAACAGGAGUAGUUACUCUAUUCCCAACCACAUCAUCGUCAUCACCAACUACAACAUCACCUACAACACCGACCUCAAUAACAACAGUAACAACAAAUGCAUCGC